AUGACCGUGGCCAUCCUCAAGAAUAACGCCGUACAGAUCGCGGCCAAUGGCGGGCCUGAAGUGCUCGAGUUCAAGCAGCUGGAUGUACCGUCCGGGCUUGCCCCGGGGGAGAUCUUGGUGAAGAACUUUGUUGCAGGUGUUAACUUUAUUGACACAAAUGUCCGCAAAGGCGCAAUGCCCGCCAAGCUUCCACUCACCGUCGGAAUGGAAGGCGCCGGUGUCGUCGAAAAGGUCGGUGAGGGCGUCACUGACUUUGUGCCUGGGGACAAGGCCGCCUACGUCGGCGUGAACCUCCACUCCUAUGCCCAAUACACCAUCAUCUCCGCCACAAAAGCCGUCAAGAUCCCCGCCUCCGUCUCCUUCGACGCCGCCGCCGCCUCGAUGAUGCAAGGCCUCACCGCACACUACCUCCUCACGGACUGCUAUCCGGUCAAGAAAGGCGACACGAUCCUCGUCCACGCCGGCGCCGGCGGUGUGGGCCAGCUUCUGACGCAGGUUGCAGCCGCGAAGGGUGCGACGGUUAUUACGACCGUGGGAUCGGAUGCGAAGGCGGAAAUCUCGAGGGCGAGGGGAGCGAAGCAUGUGGUGAACUAUGAGAAGGAGGGGUGGGAAAAGGAGAUCGAGGAGAUUACGGGUGGGAGGGGGGUGAAUGCCGUCUACGACUCCAUCGGCAAAAACACCUUCCCCUCCUCCCUCCACCUCCUCCGCACGCGCGGCCACCUCGUCCUAUUCGGCGCUGCCUCAGGUGCCCCAGACGCCAUCCCUCCCCUCUCUCUCGGGCCCAAAUCAAUCACCCUCAUCCGCCCCAUGCUCUUCCACUACAUUGAGGACACCCAGGAGUAUCGAAACCGCGCACGCGAGGUGUUUGAGUGGGUGGAGCAGGGCGUCGUGGCGUUUGAGUAUGUGAGGUUCCCGCUGUCGAAGGCGCGAGAGGCGCAUGAGGCGCUGGAGGGACGGAAGACUGUGGGGAAGAUUUUGCUGGAGGUUGAGCAUGAUGCUUGA